UGUCUUGGAUGCCAUUUUUAAGCGUUGAAGAGGCACCCCUUGUUUGUUUAUCCGAACGUUGAUGCAUACGUUGUUUUUUUUAAGAUAAAAUUAUAAACUCUCUCUCUCUGAAUUCUACCGAACCAAAGUCCGAAGCUAUGGCAGAGCUUCAAACCAAGGCGGAGACAGGCUCGGUUCCGGUUCCUGCUCCGGCUCCGGUGGACCCCGAGCCGCCACUAGCUGAGGCUCCGCCGCUGGCUGAGGCGCCGCCGGUUGACGUCGUUGAUAAGAAAGCGGUGGCGCCGCCACCACCUGCACCGAUAGCGACAGAGGAAACCAAGGCUCUUGCUCUUGUUGAGAGUGAGAAGAUACCCGAUCCUGUAAAAAAGAAAGCCUCAGCAGGAUCACUUGAUAGAGAUAUUGCUCUUGCAGAAAUAGAGAAAGAGAAAAGGUUUUCUAAUGUGAAGGCAUGGGAAGAAAGUGAAAAAUCCAAAGCUGAGAAUAAAGCCGAAAAACAGCUCUCUGCCGUUGCUGCUUGGGAAAACAGCAAGAAAGCAGCUCUUGAAGCUGAGCUGAGAAAAAUUGAGGAACAACUGGAGAAAAAGAAAGCAGAAUAUGGGGAAAAAAUGAAAAACAAGAUAGCCACAGUUCACAAGCAAGCAGAGGAGAAGAGAGCUAUGGUUGAAGCCAAGCGUGGUGAAGAAUUUAUCAAGGUAGAGGAAGUGGCUGCAAAAUACCGUGCAACUGGUACCACUCCAAAGAAGCACCUUGGAUGCUUUUAAAUUUUUUUCUUCUUCUUCUUCUUCUUUUGGGUGUCUGAUGUGUAGCAAUAAUGAAAUUUUGUCUAUAUUUUUGUUGUUUGUUCUUCAUGUUUUUUAUGUGUGUAAGAAAAGUAUUGAAAAGGGAAAACAUACGAAGUUUGUGAGAUACAGAACAGCUUGUAGAUCCUUUCACUUAGAUGAAGUGUUCUAUGCUGUUUUUUUUUUUUUCACUACAUGACAGUCAAGCAAUAGAUUUUCUCUC